AUGGACCCCAUCGUGCUGGCCGCGAGGGAGAAAUACACGCAGCCGAAAGCAGUAGUGGUACAGGAGGAGCUGACUGAGUUUCAGCGGGAGUUGGCGAAGAAUCCCUUCGCGCAAAGCCUCGCCUCUCCCAUCCGCCAAUGCUCGCUCACUCGAGUCCGGCUCCCCACACACUUCCUCCAACCCUUCAGCACCGUCGUCUCCUCCACCCGCUUCGCCCCGGAAGGCGACAAACGCCCGCAUCUCCUGCCGCAUCCCGCGCGCACCCGCCAUGAGGCGUACGUCUCGACCGGCUCGUCGAGCUACGUUAUCAAUCGCCGCCACGUGCUGGACUAUUUGAAUCGCAAGGGUAAAUGGACCGCGGCGGUGUCGUUCCGCAUGCAAGAGGGGUAUGCGAAGGUGGGGGUGAAGAAGAGGGCCAAGGUGGGGGAUACGUGGGUUUGGGAUCGGGAGAUGCCGGAGCGGAUAUUGGGGGAUUUGAGGGCGGAGGUGGUCAAGAGGCUGGAGGAGUGUUGUGGAAUGACGGAGGAGGGGAAGAAGCUCGACUUGAUCGUGUCACUCGACACCGUUGCAGAUCGCCGCGGUAUUACGCCCGCCGCGUUAUUACGGGUGGAAUCGACAGCAGCACCCCUGGCCCUCGCUGUCGUCAACCCCUGGCUUCCAGUCUACGACCUUCCGACGCUUCUCGGACCCGCCAUCUUCUCCUCCUCCACACUAUCUAAACGUCACCCCGCAUCACCGACCCUCGCAAUCUUCCAACACCCCAGCACCAUCAGCUUGCUACUCGCUCUCGACCGACUGGCGACGUAUACGCGAGCUCCCACAACCCGUGCAAACGGAUUAGGGCAACCCGCAAUUUUUUCGCUAUGA